AAACCGAAAGAGGAAGGAACAUUGUUGAGGCUGGGAAUACUUUCGUUCAAGACUGAGAUAUGGCGGCGGCAGUUGUAAGAAAGACAGAUGUUGGUGUGAAGGAGUUUGGACGCGACGUGGACGUGGCUGAAGUGCCCCAGGCUAAACUCAUGUACUACUUGGACAGUAUCUGCUACGCUCUCAACUUGGACAAGUCAGAGUCCGGGGUACGAAAACUGCGAGAAUAUAGGAAAUACAGAGAGCUCACCAAUGACGAUAUCGAUGAACUUUUGAUACUGUGUACCUUGUUCUCGCCCGACGUGUUGCUUGGCAAGUGUAUCUUCAUGGAUGAGGAUAUGUGCGGAAACAACAUGAACAAGUUUUAUGAACUCAAUGCUGUUUCAAAUAAAAUGUUAAUCACAGAAGAGAUUGUGAUUGCUGGGCAAACUCGGCAGGUGUUGAAGAUUCUUUGCUUCAGAAAGAUAUGGCUGGAAUGUUUUUACAUUGAACCGUUGGCACAGUUUAAGGAAAGGCUUGGUCGUAUUGCUGGUCGUAUCUCCGGACGACAAGGAGGAGGUGGAGGUGAACAAAGGCGAGCUCGUCCACAGACGUCAACAAGGCCGACACCGGUAAGCGGAGGGUCGGCGUCUGCUAACGCCAACAAGAAGGAUUCCUGCGCUAUCAUGUAAUGGUAACGCACAGCACAAAUGAGGUACAACCAAGGAAACUUAACAGACACACGCUUUAUCAAGAACUGAACUUAAACAAUGUAAGUGAACACUUCAACAAGAUCAUAGAUGUUAAUUAUAUGCAAGAAUGAAGCGCAACAUGACCACUUGUGUUUACAGACAAUAUUUAAUUACAGCAAUACCAUCGGUGUUUAUUAUAUAAGAACAGUGAACUGCAGCAUGAUCACCGGUGUUUAUUAUAUACAACUAUGAACUGCAGCAUGAUCACCGGUGUUUAUUAUUUACAACUACGAACUGCAGCAUGAUCACCGGUGUUUAUUAUAUACAACCAUGAACUGCAGCAUGAUCACCGGUGUUUAUUAUGUACAACCAUGAACUGCAGCAUGAUCACCGGGGUUUAUUAUGUACAACCAUGAACUGCAGCAUGAUCACCGGUGUUUAUUAUUUACAACUACGAACGGCAGCAUGAUCACCGGUGUUUAUUAUAUACAACCAUGAAUUGCAGCAUGAUCACCGGUGUUUAUUAUGUACAACCAUGAACUGCAGCAUGAUCACCGGUGUUUAUCACGUACAACCAUGAACUGCAGCAGGAAAAUUGUGUUUAUUAUACCAGUGAAAGGUAGCACAAAUAUUCGCAUCUUUUCAGGACUCUAAUGCAUAUUUUUAACAGUUGUGAUGGUACUAAUACCACUUGUUAACAUAUUUUUAGUGCCUGAAAAAGCGCCGCUCAUGAGCAAUUUAUUUUCAUUUCAUCGUAAAUGCCAUGACGAGUUUUUAAUCAUAAUUACCAUAUUCAAAACAAUUUUAGGUAUUUCGUUAUUAUGACUUAUGAAAAACUCUAAACAAAUGGUUGAACAAUUUUGUUUUGAGAACCGUGAAUGUUUUAUCUAUUGUAACUAUCCUUAACCGGAACCAUUCUGGAAUUCACGUCAUCGGUAGUAUGACAGGAAAACCCGAUUGUUUUCUAGUAUGAAAACAUUCACGUGUUAUACCUCCUUGAUGUUAUACUUGAUGACUCCACAUUGAGUUUUCAGGUUUAUACAUUGAAAACUAGCACAAUUAUCGAUGACAGAAAAUGUGUCAAUUUCUUGAAUAUCUGAAUAUGUUUUAAUUUUAUUUUGGGAUAUUGCCUUAUUUUUGGAAUAUAUUAAGGUUUAUGCUAUAGUUGCUUUGCACACACAAAAAUAAUAUUUUUUUCUGCGGCGUUGGCCUGUAUAUUUAUCUGUUUAUCCGAUUUCUGAUUAUCUGGAUUUGUAUAUAUAAUUUUAUAUCUAUCUAUCAUUUUUGGGUUAUCAUACUUAUACGCGAAGCAUAUGUACAGUAGUAGUGUGGAGUUGUUAUUAAUGAGGGCAAUUGGUGGCGGGAAAUACAAUAGACAAUGUAAACUAAAGUUAGCUCUUUGUCUAGGUCUGUCUUUCAUCAAAAAAACACGUUUGGCCAAGUA